CUCGAUUGGUUUCGCCUUUCCAUUCCUCACAUGUUUCAUGUUUUGGUGAGAAAACAUGGCAGCGCUCACGAAUGAAGUUCAGAUUGUUCCUGCCAAAAAGCCCACAGUCCGUGGACCUCGGCGGGUAGCCAAUCAAAUUCCAGAUGAAAUCCUGCAGGACGCUGAAUUACAGGAGGCGAUCAAAGCCUUGCCUGCAAAUUACAACUUUGAGAUCCACAAGACGGUUUGGCGAGUGAGACAAGCAAAAUCUACCAGAGUUGCUCUGCAGCUUCCAGAGGGCCUGCAGAUGUUUGCGUGUGUCAUCGCUGACAUCAUCGAGAGGUUUACAGAGGCAGAUACCAUCGUGAUGGGGGACGUCACAUACGGGGCCUGCUGUGUGGACGACUUCACCGCCAGAGCGCUGGGAGCCGACUUCAUGGUGCACUACGGCCACAGUUGUCUAAGUGAGUCCCUUUACUUGCCUGUGUGCAUGUUUGUCUGUCUCUCCGUCACUCUGCAUGUAGGAUUAUACCACCCAGAGGAACAAGCACCAAGGACUCCCAGCUACUUGGUGUGGGCUGCACCACAAAGAAGUCAGAUACAGGCCGAGCUAUCGAUCAAAGGAAAACUCCCCAUAGACUCCACAGCAGGUAUUAAGAUGCUGUAUGUGUUCGUGGAUAUCCAGAUGGACAAUGCGCACUUCAUGGACACGGUCAAGUUCAACUUCCCUCCCGGAAAAUCGCUGGCACUCGUCAGCACUAUUCAGUUUGUGGCAGCACUGCAGGCUGUGAGUGCAGCCCUCAAACCAGAGUAUGAUGUGCUGGUCCCACAGUGUCGACCUCUGUCACCGGGAGAAAUUCUGGGCUGUACCUCCCCUCGCUUGGACCGUCAAGUCAAUGCCAUAAUUUAUCUGGGCGAUGGAAGAUUUCACCUGGAGUCAAUUAUGAUCGCCAACCCAGAAAUCCCUGCCUACAGAUAUGACCCCUACAGUAAAGUAUUUUCCAGGGAGUACUAUGACCACGAAGCCAUGCGUGCCUUAAGGCUCCAGGCUAUUGAUAAGGCUCGAUCGGCCCAGAGAUGGGGCUUGAUCAUGGGCACGCUGGGGCGGCAGGGCAGCCCUAAAGUCAUGGAGCAUCUGGAGUCAAAGCUCGAGUCCUUGGGAAAGCCCUUCACUCGAGUGCUCCUGUCUGAGAUUUUCCCGGGAAAGCUGGAUCUGAUGCAAGAUAUAGAUGCGUGGAUCCAGAUCGCUUGUCCACGCCUUUCUAUCGACUGGGGCUCGGCCUUCUCCAAGCCCCUGCUGUCUCCAUACGAGGCAGCUGUGGCUCUACAGGAGGCUUCCUGGAAAGAAGUCUACCCCAUGGAUUUCUACUCCAAUCAGAGCCAGGGCCCGUGGACGCCCAACCACCCGAACAACCAACCUGUGCGGCCCGCGCGCAGACAGACUCAGAAACAAGCCUUGGAGCCAGUCCUUUCUACAGAGCAGUGUAAGCAGGGCCAGUGCGCCCCGUGUGGCUGUCAAGAGGAAUGAGCUCCGCCUUUGACUCGUUUCGUGCCUGUCUGUGCCUCUGCUCACGGCUGGAGGGAGGUGAAAUCAGAAGAGGAGAGUGGGUAUUUGUCCAGACAGACUAUCAGCAAGCAGAGCUAAAGCCAGAGAAGCCCUCAGCCACUCCUCGAAUGGAUUACCAGCCAUAAAUAAUCCCUCAUUUUACAGCUCAGCAGAUCAAACCAAAUGCAUUGCUCUUAUUCACGUUUUCUGCACGUGUUUCGAGCUCAACACAAGUGACAGAGAGAACUGCUUGUUUGUUUGAGGCCAGGCUCCUUCAUGUGACUCACAUUCUCAUGAAGGAGCUGCUCUCUGCUGUGCCAAAGAAAGUGCUUUUCUUCCUGCACAAAUAUGUGGGCCUUUCUGUAAUUGUCAGAGAGAUGACCUUGAGUUUCUUAUAUGGAAUUACAGUGUUAAUGUGGGAGGAUUUAGUCAAAUGCUAUUCACAUGUCCUUGUAUAAAGCACAGUAUCAGACACUUCAAAGUUUCCCUUAGCGCUAUGCUUCAAAGAUAGUCAUAGACAUAUUGUAUGAAGCACUUUAUUUGAUGUACAAAAUGUGACUUUUCACUAUACUUAAUGUGUGUAGGAAAGUGUGAUGGCAUGACCUUGUUUCCCUGUCCUGCUUUUUCAAACUCUGAAACAAUAAAUCUGAAAUGUAA